AUGGCGCCAUUCAUAGGGAGGCUGUUCUGGAAUGAGUAUCUUGCUCUGUUUACCUCCCUUGUAUUAAUUUCCAUCGAAGGACUCCUACACGUCAUCACAUUCUGCCUCCCCCAACCCAUAAUACAAUUCCUCUAUCGGCAAUCCAAACGCCUUUUCAAAGUGUUAUCCUCGCCGCAAGGACGUCUAAUCCGAGCUAGGCGCGCCACUACGUCAGGAACGAUAGCUCGAGCGUCAGACUUUCUCGAACUGUGCGCGCUCUGGGGCUACGAGGCGGAAGAGCACAUCGUACAGACAGGCGAUGGCUACCUUCUCGGUUUGCAUAGAUUGCCACGGAAGAGAGGGGAGCCUUUCUUCAAAGUCAACGCCGGGGAGGGGACCCCUUAUAAACCAGUUGUUUAUCUGCAUCAUGGGCUUCUCAUGAACAGUGAAGUAUGGGUCUGCCUGACAAACGAAGAACGAUGCCUUCCAUUCCGGCUUGUUGAGCAGGGGUAUGAUGUGUGGCUGGGGAAUAAUAGGGGUAACAAAUAUUCGAAGAAAUGCAUAUCUCAGGCACCAGCAUCGACAGCUUUCUGGAAUUUUUCCAUGGACCAAUUUGCUUUCCACGAUAUCCCUGAUAGCAUCGAGUACAUAUUAUCCGUCACUUCACAAAAAUCAUUAUCGUAUAUAGGCUUCUCCCAAGGGACAGCCCAAGCAUUUGCAACACUCUCUAUCCACCCCACACUCAACCAGAAGAUCAAUCUAUUCAUUGCACUGGCCCCAGCAAUGUCUCCUGCUGGACUUUCAAACGGGGUCGUUGACGCCCUCAUGAAAGCAUCCCCAGACGUUCUCUUUUUAGCAUUUGGACGCCGAAGCAUCCUCAGCUCCACACCCAUGUGGCAAACUAUUCUCUACCCACCUAUUUUUGUCCGCAUCAUUGACUUGUCUCUCUUGUUCCUAUUCAACUGGACUGGUAUCAAUAUCAAUAGCGAACAGAAACUAGCAGCGUAUCCCCAUCUCUAUUCGUUCACGAGCACCAAAUCGGUUGUGCACUGGUUCCAGAUCAUUCGAAACAAAAGUUUCCAGAUGUAUGACGACGACGCAGGCACCUUCAUCAAUAUAAAUAAUAAGAACCGUUAUUACAAGCCCGCCAAAUUUCCUACUAAAAAUAUCAAAACACCCAUUGUCCUCGUUUACGGGUGUCAGGAUAGUUUAGUGGACAUCGAUGUUAUGUUGGACGAGCUACCAAGCCAUACAGUCGCAACGCCAAUUCGGCAUUACGAGCAUCUCGAUUUCCUAUGGGCAAAAGACGUAGCCGAUCAGGUGUUCCCUCACAUCUUCGACGCUCUGGAGUCAUAUGGCCUCGUUCAUACGCGCUGGUCAGCCGGGGACCCAAACUACCUCGUGAAGGAAGAUGCUUCUGAUCUUCAUCAGAAAGAGAACGACGUCCCACUAAGUCCUCAACAACCACAGUUCCCUCCCAAGCAGGCCCAAACCGUGGCAUCGGAGCAACUUUCUAAUUCUCCAAACCUACCCUCUUAUUCUGACGACGAGAGAGCGAUGUUAAUCAAUGGUGUUUGA